ACCCAAAUUGUUCGCAAUCGCACUCACACCUCGCUCGCCUCGUAUUUCGCACAUUUUUCGAUUUUGAGGUUACUUUAAAGAUCUGCUGUCAAAAAGAGGAACGCAAUAAUUUCGCAUUGAAUAAAAAUUGUACAAAUUGUCUAUUUUAAUAAAGAGUACAGUUCAAACUGUUGCGGAAAGCGUUUAUUUUCUAUUCCGCUUUAUUGAUUGGAUAAUUUACAGGUGCAAGCGUAAUCCCUGAUCGAAUAAAGAAGUUGAGUAAAAGGAAAAUUCAGACGAAUUGCCUAAAAAAUGGAGCAAAUUAUAAGAAAUUUAUUAGUUGCUGAUAACGAUUUAAUACAACAGGCUACAAGCGAGUUAAAAGAAGCUUUUAAACGGCCAGAGACCAUUUCACAGCUGUGCGAGCUCGCUGUCACUAACAAAGAUGCACAGGUGCGUCAGUACAGUGCGAUGCUAUUGAAGAAGCAUCUUGGUAAACUACGUCAUUGGCAGCAGGUCCCUCUUGAACAGCAGGCUCUGAUCAAGCAGGGAAUGUUGGAGGCCAUUGUCAAAGAACCAGAAAAGUCGGUUCGCACUGCAAUCACCGGAUUUGUAGGUGUUCUCAUUCGGCAUGAAGCAACCAAAGACGAGGCAUGGAUGAACGAAGUGUUGAAGUUUAUGUUCGAAAGCACCAGUUCCAGCGAUCCGAAAAUGGCAGAAGUAGGCUCUGCAACAUUUUGUACACUUACAAAUACCUCGCCCGAUCAGUUUAUUCCCCAUUUCGAGGCAGUUUGCCAAUUGUUCUCAUCUGCAUUGAUAGCGACAGAAGCUAGUGGAAACAUGACAACACCGGUGGUUUACAACAUUUUACAAGGUAUGUCUCAUCUGGUAUCAUUCAUCACCGGUAAUCCAACUGCUGAGAACACGUACCAGGCGUCCAUUCCGUACGUUGUAAAGGCCCUUGCCGGAUUCGCCCAGCAGGAUUCGUUUAAAUUUAUCGAAGCAUUCGAUAUUCUGGAGAAUCUGGCAGAUGAGUCUUCUCGUAUUUUGACUCCUCACUUGAAACUACUGAUCGAGUUUUGUUUGGAGAUUGCGAAAAAGAGCGAUCUUGAAGAUUCCGUUCGUGUGAAAGCAAUAACCUACAUUGGUUGGUUGGUACGAUCAAAGAAAAAAAUGAUCAUCAAGCAGAAACUAGUGGAACCAAUUGUGGUCUCUCUGUUUCAUUUGAUGAGUGUUGCACCGGAUGUAGAAGAUGAGGAUGAGGAAUAUUUUGGCAGUAACGAAGUAUCUACUCCGAGCACGUGUGCAACACAAACGCUGGACGUUCUAGCUUUGCACAUUCCUCCAAAGCAAUUAAUUCCAACAUUGAUGGCCCUAUUAGAACCAGCUUUGCGUGGAAAUGACCCCCUAGCUAAAAAAGCUUCUUAUUUGUCAAUCGCUGUUAUUGCAGAAGGUUGUUCGGAGCACAUCUGCAAUAAAUAUUUGAAAGCUCUACUAGAUGUAAUAAAAACCGGAAUCACUGAUCCUAAUCCUAUGAUUCGAAAUGCCGCUUUGUUUGCACUGGGACAAUUUUCCGAGCAUCUUCAACCUGAAAUUUCUCAAUAUGCUGAAGAAAUACUCCCUAUUCUUUUCGAAUUCCUCCAACAGCUUUGUUUACAAAUACGCAGCGGGGGAAAAGAACCACAACACAUCGAUCGUGUUUUCUACGCUCUGGAAACAUUUUGUGAAAAUCUCGAAGAUCAGCUAACACCACAUUUGCCAAUUUUAAUGGAACGCCUAUUUGAAGCAUUAGAUGCGCGAAAUACGGUACAUUUGAGAGAGCUGUCAUUGACAGCUAUUGCUGCAACUGCAAAUGCAGCGAAGGAAAAUAUGUUACCUUAUUUCCUUCGGUUGAUUGAUGGUUUGAAAAUGUAUCUGGUAAAAACGGACGAUGAAGAUAUUUGUACGUUACGUCCCCAGGCAAUAGACACGUUUGCCGCACUCGUUAGAACUAUAGGAAAAGACAAUUUCCUACCGCUGGCGGUUGACACACUGAACUUGGGUCUAACAAUGUUGGAUGGUUGUAAUGAUCCAGACCUGCGGAGAAGCUGCUACAAUUUGUUUGCCUCUAUGGCCUCUUCUGUUAAGGAAGAUAUGGCUGGUUCACUAACAAAAAUUGUUGAAUCUAUGCUGGAAAGUGUAAAAAGUACUGAGGGAAUCGUGCCAACUUUCAAGGAUGACGGAGAGGAUAUUGUGCUACUCAACGGUACAACCGUGGAUGAUGAGGAAGAAGACGAUCAGGAAUAUGAUAUCGAAAAUUCAGAUAAUGAAAAUGACGAGGACGACGAUGAUAUUGCUGGGUACAGUGUGGAAAAUGCUUACAUGGAUGAGAAGGAGGAAGCAAUUUUAGCGUUGAUGGAAUUUGCUGAACAUACCGGGCCUGCAUUCGCACCAUUUAUCUUGACUGCAUUUGAAGAAAUAUACAAAUUAAUUAACCAUCCGAACGAGGACAUACGAAAAGCUUCAAUCGACGCCUUGAAGCAGUUUGUGAUUUCUUUGCAUGAGCUCGGGAAUGUAGAAGGUGCCAAUCAAAGCAUUUUGAUAAUAAUUCCGAAACUUAGCGAGAUUAUCCGAACGGACGAGGAACGAUCGGUGGUGAUGUCAGCACUGGAUGCCUACAGCGAUAUAAUGGAAAAAGUUGGAGCUGCUGCAAUACAAGCUGAGGGACAAAAAGAUGCCAUCUUCGGAUGUAUUGUGGAUGUACUAAACGGAAAAGUAGCUUGUCAAUUCGACGAACCUGUUGACGAAGAUCAGGAGGAAAGUGAAUACGAUGAAGCUAUUAUCGAGUCAGCUGGGGAUAUUCUACCCAAGUUUGGUCGGGCUUUGCCGCCAGCAGAGUUCGCAGUCUACUUUGGACGAGUUUGGCCUUAUUUCAUUCAAAAAAUUGAAAAAAGCAAACAGAAAGAUGAGACAACAGAUUCGCAGCGUGCUUUUGCUAUUGGUGUUCUGUCUGAGUGCUUCCGCGGCCUAAAGGAGUUCACUGUGAACUGGUUUGAUACUUUGUUGCCUAUUUUCUUAUCCUGUGUGCAAGAUCGUAACAACGAAGUACGCAAUAACGCAGUAUACGGGAUCGGUGAAAUGGUACUAAACGGAAACGAAUGCUCUUUCAAGCACUAUCCUCAAAUAUUGACUUCCCUGUCUGCAGUAGUGGCCAAGGAACAGCAUGCUGGCACUUUGGACAAUAUUUGCGGCGCGUUGGCCCGUUUGAUUACAACCAAUAGUAGUUUAGUUCCGAUGAAGGAGGUUCUUCCAGUGUUUGUUCAAUAUCUGCCAUUGCGUGAAGACUUCGAAGAAAAUCAGGCUGUGUUUCGCUGUUUAGAUGUAAUUUAUAGACAGGGCAAUGAUAACCUGAUCCCGUUACUUGGUCGAGUGCUGAUCAUUGGCCUACAAGUUUUAUAUAAGAAGCAACACAAUAGUGAUGAGUGUCGCGACUUGAUAUUCAAUUUUAUCAAACAAAUCAGUAAAGAUUUUCCGGACAAGUUUACUGAAGUAGUGCGCAGUGACACCGAAAUUGCGAACUUUGUCCAAACGUUGCCGCUCCAGUAGAAGACGGUGCGCGUGCAUUUAAUGCGCAAAAUCUAUGUUUCAUAUAUUGAUCCAUAUCUUCAAACCUGCAUGCGUCGUGUAGAAAUGAAAAAAAGUGGACCAUCUAAAACGUCGAGUAACGGCGCGGCAAGAUUUGCAGAUGAUGGUAAUGAAAAGGAGUGAGUGAAUAAACUGCUUGGACAGAACUGUUUAUUCAAGCAACAAAGUCGGAAUAUGUGGAUUCAAUAUGUGUGUGUUCAAGAGUGAGACGAGCUUGAAAGAAGAACUCUUUCCGCAGAUGCUAUGUGCGGAGAGUUCUUAUACUAACAUGAAAAAUGCAGAUGAUUACAUACUACCCUGAUUAUUACUUCCUUUACUUUGAAAAACUAACCCGAAUGUUAAUAUCCACGCAUGUUGUAGGUUAUUUGUUCUUGUUAGAAUUAUGUUCUAAAAUCAGAAUGCGAUUAGCCCUGUCAAACACUCGAUACAAAUAACUCCUGUUCAAUAUAAGCCAAUUUUAUCUUUUUCACUGCUCAUUCAGUGACACACUUCUAAUACAUUACAUAACAAGCCAUAGAAAACAAUAGAUAGACAAUUUCGUCCUUUUAUAUAAACGCUUAGAGAAAAUAUUCUGAUAUGCUAGUAUUGAAAAUACGUUCAAAAGGUCAUUCAAAUAAACGCAGUGAACAUGUAUUUGGCAUCUACUGAUACAUCAUAACCGUCAUAAUCAUAGAUGUAAUACAAAUUCUGUAUCAAUUAAACACUGUCCAUUACAGAGCAUAUGUUAUAUUUAUACAAUCAAUCAUUGCAGCCUUGAAAGAAAUAAAAAUUGUAAAACGAAA